AUGUUCCCCCUUCGUCCUCCCCUUCUUCGCUCCCUCCUCACCCGUCGUUCACUCAGUACCGCGCCGGAUCCACUACCAAAGGACGCCAACUGGCCACUCUACCUCUCCAUAUUCGGUGUCUCCGGUCUCGCCCUCUGGGUCUACUGGCAAAAGACCGGCCAACUCCAAUGGGAUCCCGUCAAGAACGCCCAGGAGCGCAGGAGGGGACCGACAGCCGCCUUGGAUAGGGACGAGUUCCGCACGUUCGAGCUCAAGCGGAAGGAGCCGUACAACUACAACACGUCGCGUUAUGUCUUCGCACUACCGGAGAAGACAGCUACGCUCCUCCCCGUAGCAGCUUGCGUGCUGCUCAAAGCGGCCGACGAUGAAACAGGACCGAAGGACGACAAGGGACGCCCCGUCGUACGCCCCUACACGCCCAUCUCCGACAGCAGAAAAGUCGGCGAAGUCGAUUUCCUCAUCAAAAAGUACGAAACUGGCAAGUUCACGCCUUACCUCUCCUCCCUCGAACCUGGGGAUAAGAUCUCAAUCAAAGGCCCUCUCCCUAAAUUCGCGUACGAGCCCAACAAGUUCUCCCAAUGUGGCCUCAUCGCCGGCGGCUCAGGGAUAACCCCCAUGUACCAACUGCUCAAGCACUCACUCUCCAUACCCGAGGACAAGACCCACUGGACACUCAUUUUCGCCAAUGUCAGUGCUAAGGACAUCCUCCUGAAAGAAGAGUUCGAUGCGCUCGCACAGGCACACCCGGACCGGCUCAACGUCGUUUACGUGCUUGACAAGCCCGAAAAGGGAUUCACGGGACCGACGGGGUACGUCACCAAGGAGCUUAUCAAGCAGCAUCUUCCUGGGCCAGAGCUGGGCGAGAAGACAAAGUUGUUUGUUUGUGGCCCACCGGGACAGGUCGCUGCUGUUGCUGGGAAGAAGGCGGGGAUGAAGCAGGGUGAACUGGGAGGGGCGCUCAAGGAUCUCGGGUAUACGGAGGACCAGGUGUUCAAGUUCUAGAUGAAGGAAUAGAUAUAAAAUAAAGCAUCUGUAUUGGUUUUACCCACACGAAACAAUAACAUAUACGAG